CUCUCUCAAGUUGCGACAUUUCCUCCUCAUUGGCGUUCUCCAUUAAGCUCGUGCAUGCAUCGUCGAUCGAUUCCAUCGGCCUUCGCGAGAUCUGAGGAAGCUCCGGGGCCGGAUCGGGCGGGGCCAUGGCGGAGGGCAAUGCGCCGUCGAGGUACGUGAGGCUGACGAAGGACCAGGCGCCGCUGGAGGACAUCACUCCCGGCGAGCUCAACCAGCCCGUGCAAAUCCCUCAGUUGAAUGUCCGUAGAUGUUCUGAAUGUGGGCAACCUUUACCGGAAACUUACGAGGCCCCAGCUGACGAAGAUUGGACGACUGGCAUUUAUGCUUGUGCUGAUGAUCCUGAAAGCUGCCGGACAGGGCUUUUCUGCCCCUGUGUGCUGUUUGGGCGCAAUGUAGAAACAUUGAGAGAUGAUAUUCCUUGGACAAAUGCUUGUGUUUGCCAUGCCAUAUUUGUUGAAGGCGGAUUAGCUCUUGCCGCAGCAACAGCGGUGUUUCAUGGUAUUGAUCCUAGGACAUCAUUUCUUAUCUGCGAGAGUCUGUUUUUCGCUUGGUGGAUCUGUGGCAUCUACACUGGCCUCUUUCGGCAGUCAUUACAAAAUAAGUAUCAUCUGAAGAAUUCACCAUGCGAUCCAUGUCUAGUGCACUGCUGCAUGCACUGGUGUGCGUUGUGCCAGGAACACCGGGAGAUGAAGAAUCAUCUCUCUGAUAAUGCCGUGCUGCCUGAGACCGUGGUUAACCCUCCUCCCGUUCAAGAGAUGAGCUCUAAACACGACCAUCAAUCUGCAGCUGCGCCACCUGCUCCUGCGUCCAAGGGUCCAGAAAGCACCAAUUUGGAAAUGCAGCCGGUGUAGGUCCUGUGAACUUACCCUGCCUUGAAGUUGAAGAGCGGCAUAUAACUACCAUUUUUGGGCAUUAUACACCGCUAUUUUUCAAAAGAAUAUUUACUUGACUGAGUUGUUAUCUUCAAUUUUUUUUAUUUUUUUUGGCAAGAGAAUGUUGCGAUUCACAUCUUAAAAUGAAGAUUAUCCGCUUACAGCUAUUGAGAUUUGAGAGCAAAGCAACCCAUCAAGCAUCAACAACAA